CACAAUGGGAACAUCAAACAACUGAGGAACUCAAUAAGCCAAGAUUCAAUCGAUGAAAGAAUUGCAAGUAUGGAUGAGGUACAUGGACUCUGCUCCUGACACCUUUAAGGCAAGGUAUCUAGGGAAAAAGAGAAGAGACUGUGGCGUUGUGCCUGUGUUUGCAAUGCUUACCUGGCGGAAGGGACUGCUGCAGCUGAUUCUGCUCCACACCGCUUGGAAAAUGGGGAGCGGCCAGCUCCAUUAUUCUGUGCUGGAGGAAUCCCAGCACGGCACCUUCGUGGGCCGCAUCGCCCAAGAUCUGGGGUUGGAGGUGAGCGAUCUUGUCCCUAGGAUGUUCCGGAUGCUGUCCAAAGGAGGGAAGGACUAUUUUGAGGUAAACGCGCAGAAUGGGAUCUUGUUUGUAAAUUCCCGGAUAGACAGGGAGGAGUUGUGCGCCAAGAAUCCUGACUGUGUUGUUCAUCUGGAGGUGAUUGUAGAGACACCUCUAAGGUUCUUCCAUGUGGAGGUUGAAAUCAAAGACAUUAAUGACAAUGCUCCUUUCUUCCCUGCCAGGGAACAAAUUCUCAGCAUAGGUGAAUUUGUAAUAGCAGCUGGUACCCGAUUCCCCUUAGUGGGAGCUUCUGAUGCAGAUAUUGGUACUAAUGCUCUGUUAACAUACAAACUUAACCGAAAUGACCAUUUCAUUCUUGAUUCAGGAAGUGAUGAAGAUGAGAGUAAAUCUGUAGUACUUGUAUUAAAGAUUCCACUUGACAGAGAAGAGAGCCCUGUGCAUCAUUUAAUACUGACAGCUACUGAUAGUGGUGAACCAAAGCUCACUGGGGUUAUUCAACUAGUGAUCAAUGUGCUGGAUGUAAAUGACAACCCUCCUGUAUUUAAUCAAUCCCUUUACAGGAUAAAGGUUCCUGAAAAUACAUCUAGUGGGACAUUAGUUAUUAAUCUGAAUGCUACAGACUUAGAUGAAGGGAUCAAUAGGGAAAUCCAUUAUUAUUUUAGUAAUAGUGUCCCUCUACAUGUCACAAAGAUAUUUAGUAUAAAUUCUGAUACUGGAGAAAUCAGAGUGAUUGGAAAAUUGGAUUAUGAAGACAUUAAUUUUUAUGAACUACAAAUUGUUGCAGAAGAUAAAGGGAAUUUUCCAUUGUCUGGGCAUUGUAAAGUUCUUGUUGAAGUUCUGGAUACAAAUGACAAUACUCCUGAAGUGUCAGUGAGUUCCCUCUCAAUGCCUGUUGUUGAAAACUCACCAUCAGGGACUGUAGUAGCAAUACUCAGUGUUUCAGACAAAGAUUCUGGGAUCAAUGGACAAGUAAGCUGUUUUCUUCUGCCCAUUGGGCUACCCUUCAGACUCGAGUCCACAUUCAAGUACUACUACUCCCUGAUUGUUGAUAUACCUCUAGAUCGGGAGCAGGUAGCUGAGUACAAGAUUCUUGUGACAGUGCAAGAUCAAGGCAUUCCACCACUAUCUUCUAGCAUCAGCCUCUUUGUGCCUAUCAGUGACCUAAAUGAUAAUUCUCCAGCAUUCACACAGCCCUCCUACACAGUCUUUGUGAAAGAGAACAAUCCCCCCGGUGCUCACAUCUUCACAGUAUCUGCCUCAGACCCAGAUGUAGCUGAGAAUGCCCUGAUCACCUACUGGAUAGAUGAGAAGCUGUGGCCAUUGUCCAGCUACAUCUCUGUACAUUCAGAGAGUGGGAAGCUCUAUGCUUUGCAACCUUUGGACUAUGAGGAGUUGAAACUGCUGGAGUUCCAGGUGAGAGCCAAGGAUGCUGGACUGCCCUCCUUAUGUGGCAAUGCAACUGUUCAAGUCUUUGUGAUAGAUGAGAAUGACAAUGCACCUGCUGUGUCAGCAUCAUCAGAAGAGAAUUCCAUUCUUUUAGUGGUUCCAGUGAUGCCUGGGCAUAUAGUAGGCAAGAUUCAUGCCUUGGAUGCAGACUCUGGAUACAAUGCAUGGCUAAGAUAUGAGCUGGUUGAAGAAAGUAGUGGGCUGUGGGCUGUAGGGCAGUAUAGUGGUGAGGUGAGCACUAAAUAUUCUCUGGAUGAGGCAGAAGGAAGCAAAAGCCAGACUCUGCUGGUUCUGGUGAAGGAUCAUGGGAAGCCUCAACUCUCAACUACAGCCACCCUGAGUGUGUCACUUGUGACAAAUGCCCAGGCCAUCAAAACUGAUAUUCACCUCCCCAGAUCAAGGGAGAAUUUCAUGCCCCUGGUGGACUCGAUCAAUGUGUACCUGAUCAUUGCCAUCUGCUCUGUUUCCAGCCUGUUCCUGCUGGCCAUUCUCAUUUAUGUGGGCCUGCGGUGCCACUGCAACUCAAAAGAAACCAUGGUGUAUGGUCCUGGCACGGCCACCCUGGUCGGUGCCAGUGAAGUGGGCAGCUGUAUACAGGAAAAAAAUAGAAAGAAAAGAGGAAAAGAAAAAUGA